AUGAAGGAAUUACAGUGUAUUCCUGAAGUCGCUGGUUUGAAUUAUGAAGACUUAUGCAUUCAUCCCAACUUGGACCUUCCGGAAGGAUUCAAGGUGCCGAAGUUCGAUGUUUUCGGAGGAACAGGGAACCCUCUGGCACAUUUGAGGGCCUACUGUGACCAACUCGUGGGAGUUGGAAGGGAUGAAGCUUUAUUGAUGCGGCUUUUUAGCCGGAGUCUUAGUGGAGAGGCUUUGGAAUGGUUCACCUCGCAUGAGACAAGACAAUGGUCUAGCUGGAAUGCUUUAGCUAAAGAUUUUAUCGAACGAUUCGCUUACAAUGUGGAGAUCGUUCCUGACCGUUAUUCCCUAGAGAAGAUGAAGCAGAAGUCAAACGAAAGCUAUAGAGAAUUCGCGUAUAGGUGGAGAAAGGAGGCAGCCAGGGUUCGACCUCCUAUGUCGGAGAAAGAAAUUGUUGAAGUAUUUGUGCGGGUUCAAGAACCCGAGUAUUAUGACAGAAUCAUAUUGCUCGUGGGAGCGAAAUUCGCCGAGAUAGUCAAGGUAGGUGAGACUAUCGAAGAUGGAUUGAGAACCGGAAAGAUUGCUCGUGUUGCUGCAUCACCCGGAUUUUCAGGUUUGUUGAAGAAAAGGAGAGAAAAUGUGUCUUCUAUAUCUCUCGAAGGGAAGAAGACCCCAAGGAAAUCCUUAUCAUACCAAGGUCGUUCUAGACCUUCACAGAGUUCAUACCCGGUUGAUACCCCCCUUUCCAAUUAUCAAAGUACUCCCCCUCCUAUCUACCAAACUCCCCCUCCAGUAUACCAGUCCCCAUAUUAUCACUACCGAAAUAUCACCCCCAACUGCGCCAACGUUCAGGCAAAUUACCAAGCUUCUCCCUCAACAUACCAAACCCCAGCUCCACUUUACCAAAAUACCCUACCGAACUACCAAGCCCCACAGCCAAACUACCAAACCCACUCAUAUCCCAGAUAUCAAGCCCCCCGCCCGAAUGCUCCAAAUUAUCGGCAAAUGCCUCCUCUUCAACAAGGCAAUUACGAUCCCCCUCGUCCUAGAUUUGAGAAGAAGCCUGCCAGAGUUUUCACUCCGCUUGUUGAAAGCCGCACAAAGUUGUUCGAGCGAUUAAAUGCGGCAGGCUAUAUUCAUCCAGUGGGGCCCAAACCGGUUGACACCAGCUCAAAGUUUUACAGACCUGAUCAGAGGUGUGCGUAUCACUCCAACAAUGUUGGGCAUGAUACCGAGGACUGUAUCAACUUAAAGCACAAGAUCCAAGAUUUGAUUGACCAGAAAGUGGUCUCUCUCCAGACAGUCGAGCCUAAUGUCAAUAGUAAUCCUUUGCCGAAUCAUGGAGGCGUCACUAUCAACAUGAUAGAGACAGAUGAUGAUGGGUUCGUGGCAAAAGCAAUAGUUCCGAUCGCUCUUGAUAACCUGGAAAAAGCUGUGGCUUCGUUGAGUAUCAAAGAGAAGAAAGAGUUCGUGAUUCUGACACCUAAGAAGGUUGCUGCCUUGGUGCCACGAGAAACUCUCGCCCAACCAAAGUUCGUGAUUGAAACGGCAGUUACCCAGGGUAUGACUAGAUCCGGCAGGUGCUAUGCGCCAGAAAAGCUGUCCCAGGGGGUGCAGAAGAAAGAGCAGCCUAAAAGGCCUAUCAGUGAGGCUGAAGCCGAGGAGUUCUGGAGAAAAAUGCAGCCGAAAGAUUACUCAAUUGUGAAGCAUUUGGAGAAGACACCGGCUCAAAUUUCCGUAUGGGCUUUGUUGAUGAGUUCGCAAAUGCAUAGGCAGGCUUUGAUGAAAGCUUUGGAUGACACUUACGUACCUGUGGGUACUAAUAGUGAUAAUCUGGCGGCCAUGAUAAACCAAGUUGUACGAGGACAUCGAAUCAGUUUCUGUGACGAAGAGCUACUCUUUGAAGGCAGGAUGCAUAACAAAGCUCUGCAUGUCACCGUGAUGUGUCGAGACAAGAUAAUAAAUCGCGUCUUGAUCGAUGACAGAUCCGGUCUCAAUAUUUGCCCACUAUCGACUCUGAGACAGCUGAAAUUUGACUUGGGAAAGCUUCAGCAAAACCAAGUCAAUGUGAGGGCUUUCGAUGGAGUGCAAAGAGACACAUUAGGUGCGGUAAACUUGGAUGUUCAGAUAGGUCCUGCGGAAUUUAAGGUAGAGUUUCAGGUGUUGGAUAUCAACACCAGUUACAACUUGCUUUUGGGAAGACCAUUUAUCCAUAUGGCCGGAGCUGUGCCGUCUACCCUUCACCAACUGAUGAAGUUCGUUUGGAAGGACCAGGAAUUGGUCAUUUAUGGUGAAGGGAGCCGUUCCAACGGGUAUGCGCCGAUCAUUGAUAAUGUCUCUCGAGGUUGUGAUUUUUACACGGUGGAGCUGGUAAAUGCCACCGGUGAUGAUCUGGCUUCACAGCCUCCUAUGCCUUCUGUGUACAAGAUGAUUGCUACUGUGAUGCUACAGAGUGGUUUCGAACCAGGUUUCGGAUUGGGGAAGCAUUUUCAAGGAAUUGUCGAGCCUAUCAAAAUUCCCGCCAGAGGAGUGAAAUUUGGUUUGGGGUAUGUCCCCAAAGAUGACGAAGCAGAGAUGAAGAGUAAAAGCGUUGAUCAAGCAUUGUCCAGACCAAUCCCUCAUCUGUACCAGUCAUUCCCGGUGCGAGAAUAUGUCAAUGACGAUGGACUAGGGGAAGGAAUCUGUGGCCUUUUCAAGGAGAUUGAUGCGAUCGUUGAAGACAAGGCUGAGACAUCAGGCAUCCGUGAUGCAGAACCUGCGGAGCAAUUGCAAAAUUGGACCUCCACGCCAAUCCUGAUUUCCCGCUCUUCUGGGUAG